GCUCCAUGCGAAAGUGGGACCUGCCCUUGGCACCCAGAGAUGAAGACCCACGUGCUCUACUGACCGAACCACCAGGGUCUUGGAUCACACUCUGAUAACUGUUGCUGCAUAUAUGGUUAUGCAGGAGCAUUGUGUGUGUAUCAGAGACUCUUGUGCUUGUAGUAGUGAAUCUUCCUACUAAAUGAGGCAGCUUGAUGUGUCAAGAAGGUCGAGGGGAACAGAUGGCCUGAGGAAUUGUGCACACAUUCCUGUAGUGGGGGCACGGUUGUGCAGGGCAGCCCCAGCACCAGUGUGACUCACCACUGAUUUCUCUCCUGGGAAGCCCAGGGUACCAGGUUAUGGAGGCUUUGCACCUGUCUGCUCUGCCCCAGGCUGAGGUGACCUUUGAGGACGUGGCCGUGCUAUUCUCCCGGGAGGAGUGGGGCCGUCUGGGCCCUUCUCAAAGGGGCCUCUACAGGGAUGUGAUGCUGGAGACCUACAGGAAUCUGGUCUCCCUGGGAGCUGGACCUGCAGGUCCCAAGCCUGGGGUGAUCACGCAGUUGGAGCGAGGGGAUGAGCCAUGGGACCUGGAUGCACAGGGCGCCAAGGGGACAGAGCGACUGAGAGUCAGUGUCUCAGGUCAUGGGGCCAGGACUGAAUUUAAGGAGUUGUCUUCGGAGGAGAUGCUUGAUAGGGAAGAACUGGAUCAACUCCAGGGGGCUGUUCCCCAGGGACGUGAUCCUGAAGAGAUCCCUGCAUGGAGCAGGGAGCCAGAGGAGAGCCUGGACAAGCAUAUGGAGCAGAGAGACCUGAGGCCAGUCCCACUGACCAGUGAGGACAGCAUUCAGGAGUCUGGGGGAGGCCUCAGGUUUCGGUCAAGCCCUGUCUCUGAUCAGAGACCUCACAAAUGCGAUAUAUGUGAACAGAGUUUCGAACAGAGAUCAUACCUCAAUAACCACAAGCGUGUACACAGGUCAAAAAAGACAAAUAUUGUCCAUGAUUCUGGGGAAUUCUUCAGUGCAAAUUUAGUUGUUAAAGAAGAUCAGAAAAUUCCUCUUGGGAAAAAAUUACAUUAUUGUGGUUACUGUGGGAAGGCCUUCAGGUACAGUGCUAAUCUUGUCAAACACCAGCGGCUUCAUAGUGAAGAGAAGCCCUACAAAUGUGAUGAGUGUGGGAAAGCCUUCAGCCAGAGCUGCGAGUUCAUCAAUCACCGAAGGAUGCACUCAGGCGAGAUCCCCUACCGUUGUGGUGAGUGUGGGAAGACAUUCAAUCAGAGGCCCAACCUCAUGAAGCAUCAGAGAAUUCAUACUGGGGAGAAGCCCUACAAGUGUGGUGAUUGUGGGAAACACUUCAGCGCCUAUUCUUCCCUUAUAUAUCACCAGAGAAUCCACACUGGAGAGAAACCCUAUAAGUGUAACGACUGUGGGAAAGCCUUCAGUGAUGGCUCAAUCCUUAUCCGACAUCGCCGGACCCACACUGGGGAGAAGCCGUUUGAGUGUAAAGAAUGUGGCAAAGGCUUUACCCAAAGUUCUAACCUUAUCCAACAUCAAAGAAUUCACACUGGUGAGAAACCCUAUAAAUGUAAUGAAUGUGAGAAAGCCUUCAUCCAAAAAACCAAACUUGUUGAACAUCAGAGAAGCCACACUGGAGAGAAGCCCUAUGAAUGUAAUGACUGUGGCAAAGUCUUCAGCCAGAGCACACACCUUAUCCAGCAUCAGAGGAUUCACACAGGAGAGAAGCCAUACAAGUGUAGUGAGUGUGGGAAGGCCUUCCACAACAGUUCCAGACUCAUCCAUCACCAGAGGUCUCACCACGGAGAGAAGCCGUACAAAUGCAGUGAUUGCAAGAAAGCCUUUAGCCAGGGCACUUAUCUCAUCCAGCACCGGAGGAUCCACACUGGCGAGAAGCCCUACAAAUGCAGCAAGUGUGGGAAGGCCUUCCGGCACAGUUCGAACAUGUGCCAGCAUCAGAGGAUUCACCUCCGGGAAGACUUCUCGAGGUGAUCAUGGAGGAGGAUUCAUGAGUUCCACUAUGUACUUCUUACAUAUGACCCACCCCACCCUCUUAUUUAUUGUCCACACAGUGUUGUUACAGAUGACGGGCGUUUCUAAUUAAAAACAAGCAACAAAAAUUCUUUUCUUAAACCAAAAGCAGUGCAUGUUCAUUUUAGAGAAAUUAAGAGGAUUAAGCAAAAAGAAGUUCUCCCCCACUUAGGAAAAGAAUCUGUCACUGCUGAUAUAAGUUUCCUUUCACACAUAAUUAAGAGCAUUUAAAAAAGGAAAUACUGUGUGCUUGUCAUUGUAGCACAUAGGAUCUUCACCUAUUGCUAUUCUUUAAUCCUAGAAAACUCACACUGGAAAGAAUUCUACAUAUUUACAUGUUUUUACGUAUUGUAAAUUUAAAAGAUUAACAUAGUCAUACUUUUCUGUGUGUCUUUGUAAUAGAGUUGAUAAUUGCCGUUUUCAUUGUGGUAUAUAUGCAUAACAUAAAAUUUACCAUUUUAACCAUUUUUACAUGUAUAGUUCAGUGGCAUUAAGUACAUUCACAGUGUUGUAUAACCAUCACUACUGUUUUUUUUUAAUUGAAACAAAGUCUAUACCCAUUAAACAAUAACUCCCCUCUUUUCCUCCUCUUAGCCGCUGACAAUCUCUGUUCUGUUUUCUAUGAAUUUGCCUAUUCUAGGUUCCUCAUAAGUGGAAUAAUACAAUAUUUUCCCUUUAUAUCUGGCUUAUUUCACUUUGCAUAAUGUCCUCAAGGUUCAUCCAUUUUGUAGCCUGUAUCAGAAUGUCAUGCUUUUUUAUGUCUGAAAAAUAUGACUUUGUUCGUAGAUACCA